AUGAGCAUAUAUUACUUCGCAAUUGCCAAUGAAAAAAACAUUGUUUGCCAUCACUCCAUCGCUAAUAGGAGUUUUGAAAAUGUAGUUGCUGAUUACUUACGACGAAUCCCUCCAGAGCAAGAUAUAUGCUUCAGCCAAGGAGAUGUAUCAUUUCAUUGUAUAACGGUCUCAGGGCUGUCUUUCAUCGCAGCGACCGAUCAGCGUGCUUCUCGCCAACAGUCUCGUAAAAUGGUAGUUGAGGUUUCAAAAAAUUUUUGCAGUGAUGGUACUAGACUUCAGAAGGCUAAAAGCGGUCCUGAAGGAUGCUUACAAUACUCUUAUGGUCCAACGUUGCAACAACUUAUGUUACAAUUCGACUCCUUCAAAACAAACGGUGAAUUGGAUCAACUACGGAGUAAUGUAAAUACCGUAACAGCUGUAAUGCAAGAAAAUACUCGACUUGCGCUUCAACGAGGUGAUCGGCUGAAUAAUUUGGUUACAAAAACUGAUGAACUUGCAGUCAGCGCUAAUCAGUUUCAGACGACAGCCACAAAGGUGGCACGGAAGACUUGGUGGGAGAAUUUACGAAUGAAAUUCAUCAUUGUUGGAGUUGUUGGUGGCUUACUUCUUGUAAUUGUGAUUAUUAUACUCUGGCAAACAGGAGUUUUCAGUAGUAAACCAAAGUAA